AUGGAGGAAAAAGUGCUGCGUGACAGUGUGGACGGGGAGAGCAGAGAGACAGACGUCGUGGACUUUUCAACAGCAGGUGCAGAGACCAUUCAACACCACCGGGGGUCAGCAGACAAAAACAAGUUCAACUCGCUGGGCUAUCAGAGAAGAACCAAGCAGAAGGUGGUGACUGAUUUUGCCACAGUGAGCAAGGGAACAUCUACAGGUGCCAAACCCAGAGCUGCACUCAGCAAGGUCCUGUUCAGUCAGGGUGUGUCUGAGAAGAACCCAGCAUCUGAGAUUCAGGAGCGAGGUCAGCUGGACGUCUUGAAGCAGGAACUGGAAGCGUACAGUGUGCCACUCAGUCUGAAGUGGAGAUGGGAGGAGGAGAAUCAGGGAUCAACGCUGGAGAAAAGCUGGACAGAUAUAGUGCACUCUCAUUCAACGAUGUCAAAGAUGCAGAGACACCAGCAGGAGGCGCUGUGGGAGUUUGUAUACACAGAGCUCACCUACAUCAACAAGCUCAUUAUCAUCAGAGACCUGGUUAUUGCUGCUCUUGUCAACCUGCACCAGCAUGGAUUUCUCCCGGAGGUGACCCCCGAGCUGCUUUUCUCCAACCUCCCCUUCAUCAUCACUGCACAUCAGCUUUUCUGGCAGGAAGUGAUUAAUCCUAUGUUACAGGAAGUCCGAAGGACAGGCAAACCUUUUGACCCUAGGAGGUUAGAGCCUGGCUGCCUGCAGUUCCAUGAGCGCUUCUCCUCAUAUCAGUAUUACUGCUGGGAGGAGGAAAACAACAUGGAGUUCACACGCAGACAGAUGGAGAGCAACUCUCACUUUCGUACAUAUGUCCAGUGGGUGGAGACUCAUCCUCAGUGCGAUCGGAUGCGGCUCGGGGACAUGCAGGCCAAACCACAUCAGAGGAUCACAAAGUACCCACUGCUGCUCAAAGCUGUGCUGAAAACUACCCAGGAUCCUCAAGUACAGCAUACUCUGAGAGGCAUGUUAUCCAGUGUUAAUAAUUUUCUGGAAAGUAUCAACGACUACCUGAGGCAACAAGAUGAGGAACUUGCUCUUGCUAUCUCAGCCCAGAGGGUGGAAGGAUACGAGGUAGAGGGGAUAAAUGAAGAAAUAGACAAGCUUGUCCGUGAGAUCACCCGGUUUGAUCUGACUUGCCCCAUCAGGGGAGUGGGACCUGAAGUUGUUCGUAAACUGCUGCUUGAGGAUAAUUUGAAGAUUCGGGGGAGAAAGGACAGCAAGUUGGAGGUAGUGGCUUUGCUUUUCUCCGAUGUGCUUCUGAUGACCAAAAUCCAGAAGAAAGGAGAGCGGCUGAAGGUAGUUCGACCUCCUCUGGCUCUGGACAGAACAUACUGUGUACCACUGAAGGAUGGCUGUUCAUUUGUUCUAGUGGAGGAAGGUGAGCUACAGAGUGCUAUGAACGUCUACAUAUUUGCAGCCAGCACACCAGAGAGCUGUUCAAAAUGGGUCACCACCAUUCACCAGGCAAAGGACACACUGAGGAACCUGAGAGAGGGAGAGCGUAUCCGACAAUUGCAAAAAUGGAAAAUCCAGCAGUUGGAGUCCAGACCAGCUACAGACACCAAGAUGGAUUUCUUGGAGACAGACAAACAACCUUCUCCACAACCAAGACGAGAGACUUUUGUGGAAGAACUCACAGAGGAACUGAUUACGCCCCAGUCAAUAAAUGGGAUGUUGACGUCUAAAUUAGCAGAGGAACAGUAUGAAUCUUCGGAGGAUGUUGCCCCCAACAAAAGUGGCAUACCUUUUUGGCAAUCUCGGCCCUAUGUAAACAACCGUACAUUAUCUCGUAAAGGCAUCACCGGUCGGCAACCACCAGACAAAGGAUACGAGUGGAUAGAAAUGGGAGUGAGAGGAGAGCAGAUUGGGAUUAAUCCAGAGGAAGAGAGGAAAAUCGUUGAAUCUGCAAUGACAAAUGAGCAAAGAGUGUUAGCUUUGAACCACAGGGUGCAGUCUGCUCCUAAUCUGGAUCAUUUCCCUCGCAGUUCUACAGCUGAACCCUUAAGAUACAACACAGCAGGCCCACAUGCUCUCUUACUGGGGGGAUAUCCAGAUAUAGACUACCCAAUGGAGGAAGAUGCUUCUUCUCAGACUUCUAACCAAGCAAUGAAUACCAGAGAGGGGCUUCAGAAUUUAAGACAACCAGGAGAAGGACUGUCACAAAGGAGAGACUCAGAGUUCCAGUCUGUAAAACAAGAUUCGAGAAGAAAUUCCAUCCUAACCCUCUCUGAAGAUCUAGAAAUACCUCCAGAUGUUUGGCCUUUUCCCAAAAAUUUAAAGUCACCCGGUUUACGAAGGAGAAGGCCGGUCAGCAGCCAUCAGGCCUCUUCUGCUCAGAUGUCUCAGCAGUUUUUCCAUGACUCUCUUAGCAACUCUGACACUGAGUACAACAGAAACACUAAGAGAAACUCACUUCCAGCUAGCUCAGAUACACUACGCGUGCUAAAGCUUGGCUCCCUAAGGCCAAACCAGGGGAUGUUUUGGAACGUGCAUGACAGGGUCUCUCCAGAUCCACAAACGUUGUCAGAAUCUGAACUGCCUGAUGUUAACCCCUAUAACAUAAGGCCUAUAAUGAAAACCAAAAGAAGCGCUUCUACUCCUAACAUUGUCAUUGACGGAAGCCAAGGACUUCGUCUGCACUCCAGCAGUCUGUACGCACUUCCUGUUGCAGAGGAUACUCAACUCCCAUCUUUGGGACACAGAAACGGAAGUGCCUCACCCCUUGAGGGUCUUCUGGAAAGAGCCAAAGAGAGGGUGAGGGAAAGAGAUGAACUGAAAAGAAACAGGUAUUUGAAAGUGCCAAAUUUGAGGUCAAGGCAUCCCUCUCCUUCUCCUUCUCCUUCACCCUCAUUUUCCACGACACCAUCACCACCGCCCAGUGAUGGAGACAGAGACACAGAGUGGGAGGAGGUGGUGGAGGUGAUGAGACACAGAGCUCUCACAGUGAGUCAGGGAUGGAAGGAGCAACUGGUGGAUGGAGAUGAAGAUGACAAGAGAGACUGUGUCCUCUUUACAGAUGGUGUCAAUGUGGACUGGUCAGGUUGGUGCUUUGAUGACGAUGAAGUCAUGGAUCAUUUACAGCCAAGACAAGAGGGACUCCUGGAGGGCAUCGGUCGAUCUUUGGCAUUUUGGGAUCUUCACCAACUUGCAGAGCAUGAUGACGGGGAGAUCAGCCAUGUGUAGCACCAAAACUGCUCUACAGAGUCCUACAACCACUUAAAAACUAGACUUCUAGCAACUUUGAAUUCAGGUCAUGAGUGUGAACUAUGAUGAAAAAGUGGACCCCCCACAAAAGGACCCAUUUGGACUUGAACUGAUCUCUUUGCUGCAGUUAGCAAACUUCAGCAGCCACUGAAACAUGUUUUCUAUGCAGUUUUAUGUUCAUUAAUAAAUCUGUUGUUUUUUACAAAAAUGAUGUAUAUACAUUUUAAAAAAUAUUGUAUAUUUUUUGUCAUUUCUCUGUAAAUAUAAUGAAAAAAAUAUUUUUUUAAAUAUUAGUAUGUUAUUUAUAGAUGUAAUAAUUCCCUGCUCCUGUUGACCUGAGAGCUUCAACUGCACAUAAUGGAACAAAUAAAACAAGGAUUAUUUCUUUUA